CCCGCCGCCGCCGCGCCCCGCAGAGCUGGGCCGCAGGGAACAGAAGCCAUUCAAGUUUGCCUGAUAUCCAUCAGCCUGGAUACCUGGUCUCAGGCCAGCUUUGCCGGCCGGCUGUGUGAUCUUGGGUAAGUCAUGAUUUUUCAGCCAGCCACCCACCCACUUCUUCCUCCUUUUCCCCAGAUGUUUCAUGUCCAGCUUAGUGAGCUUCUUUCUGCGGCUGAGGCCUGGCCAAGAGGACAGUUUAGCUUGAAUUGAUGGGGGAGGGGAGAGGUAUAGCUGUUGUCUUUAGCCCCACCCUCCAGUGACAUCACACAAGACACCUCCAGUCCCUGGAAGCCCCGCCCCUAGUGACCCUCUCCUGGUGGAAGUGUCCCCCAGUGCUUGGCAUCUGGAGAAUUUGUCCAGUCCCACAGCAGAAGUCAUCAGCCCUCCCCCCGGCUCAAGAGAAACCCCUAGCUCCCUGCCAGGCCCACAGCUAUGGCCACCAUGGUGGCCCAGAAACUCAGCCAUUUCCUGCCCAGUUUGCGGCAGCUUCACCAAUCUCCUCAGCCAUCUGUGCAGCCAGAGCCUGUCUUCACAGUGGACCGAGCCAAGGUGCCCCCGCUUUUCUGGAAGCCCUACAUCUAUGUGGGCUACCGGCCGUUGCAUCAGACCUGGCGCUUCUACUUCCGCACGCUGUUCCAGCAGCACAACGAGGCCGUGAACGUCUGGACCCACCUGCUGGCGGCCCUGGUGCUGCUGCUGCGGCUGGUCAUCUUCUUGGGGACCGUGGACUUGGGAGAUCCACAUGCCCUGCCCCUCUUCAUCAUUGUCUUCGCCUCCUUCACCUACCUCUCCCUCAGUGCCUUGGCUCACCUCCUGCAGGCCAAGUCUGAGUUCUGGCAUUAUAGCUUCUUCUUCCUGGACUAUGUGGGGGUGGCUGUGUACCAGUUUGGCAGUGCCCUGGCGCACUUCUACUAUGCCAUUGAGCCCUCCUGGCACGCUCAGGUGCAUACCAUCUUCCUGCCCAUGGCCGCCUUUCUUGCCUGGCUCUCCUGCACUGGAUCCUGCUACAACAAGUACAUCCAGAAGCCCGGCCUACUGGGCCGCACUUGCCAGGAGGUGCCCUCGGCACUGGCCUACGCACUGGACAUCAGCCCCGUGGCCCACCGCAUCCUGGUGUCCCCUGCCACGGACGACCCGGCUCUUCUCUACCACAAGUGCCAGGUGGUCUUCUUCCUGCUGGCUGCUGCUUUUUUCUCAGCUUUCAUGCCUGAGCGCUGGUUCCCUGGCAGCUGCCACGUCUUCGGGCAGGGCCACCAAAUCUUCCAUGUCUUUCUGGUGCUGUGCACAUUGGCUCAGCUGGAGGCUGUUGCACUGGACUAUGAGACCCGCCGGCCCAUCUACGAGCCUCUGCACACCCGCUGGCCUCAAAACUUCUCUGGCCUCUUCCUCCUCACUGUGGGCAGCAGUGUCCUCACCGCUUUCCUCCUGAGCCAGCUGGUACGACGUAAACUUGACCAGAAGACCCAGUGAAGAGGGUGGCAGUGGCAGGGAGGGAGGUUUAGUGGGGGCCCAGGGUCCGGGCUUGGCUCCAGAUGGGAACAAGGCCUGGUAAAGUUGUUUGUGUCUGGCC